AUGGCAGUAGCAGCUUAUGCAACUUUACGCUCCCUCUCACAUGUCCUUGACAAUCUCCAGCUUCCUGCUCGUCUCCGUCGGCUUCAUGCCGACACAAAUCGAAUUCAGAGCCUGCAAGAAACUGUUCAGUUCUUGCUAGACUUUCUCGAAGCUCAUUCCCGAAGAAUAAGUGAAGAAAUUGGAGUUGUGGGGAGGCAAAUUGCUGAUGCUGCUGCAGAAGCAGAAGAAGUUGUUGACCGCCAUGUAGUGGAUCAGCUUCGCUUUAGAUCUGAGGAAGAAAGCCACUGUAUGGCAGCCCUCUCAUCUUUCUCUCAAGAUAUAGACAAAGUCACUGGAAAGUUGGAUUCCCUCGUAAAAGAGUUGACGAAGAUGGUGAAAGAAGAAUGGGCAGUCGACGCCCAAGAAGAGCAGUGCAUAGUGUCUUUGCCUGUCAAAUCACCAAAAGUGCUUCCUUCGAGUGGCAAGAAGACUACUGUGGUGGGAUUUGAUGAACACGUGGAACGAAUCGUGGAUAAGCUCACCAGAGGUGAACCUGAUCUCCAGAUCCUCGCCAUUGUAGGGAUGGGAGGGAUUGGUAAGACUACUUUAGCUCAAAAUGUUUUUGAUCAUCCAUAUAAUGUGCACUAUUUUCCUAAAAGAAUUUGGCUCACAAUAUCUCAAGAAUAUAGUGUACCGGAAAUUCUUUCAUCCCUUCUUCAUAAUGGAAAAAAGCAAGAGACUAGUAAAACAGCGGCCGAAUUAGGACAACGAUUAUACCAAAGUUUAUUCGGGGAAAGAUAUUUGAUAGUUAUGGAUGAUAUAUGGAGUGUAGAGGCUUGGAAUGAUUUAAAGUUGUUCUUUCCAAAUAAUGGAAAAGGAAGUCGAGUUAUGCUGACUACUAGGGAGUCAAGCUUGGCGAUUUCUUUAGGUUCUCAGGAAUCUUAUUCGUUAGAUUUUCUAAAUGAGGAAAAAAGUUGGAAUUUGUUUUGUCAAGAAACCUUUGCACAAAAAGAUUGUCCAUAUUCGGAAUUGGAGGAAAUUGGUAAGAACAUUGCAAAGAGUUGCAAUGGACUUCCCCUAACAAUUGUUGUACUCGGCGGGUUGCUUGCAAACUCCAACAUGACACGGGAAUAUUGGGAGUCUGUUGCAAAAGAUGUAAGCAUUUUUCGUAAUUCAAAAGAUUAUGAGGGAUGCCUAAAGAUAUUGUUUUUGAGCUAUAACAAUUUGCCAGUUCAUCUUAAACCAUGUUUUCUCUAUAUGAGUGUUUUUCCUGAAGAUUCUAGGAUUCGUGUUUCCAAACUAACCAAAUUAUGGAUUGCUGAAGGAUUUCUAAAACCAAUAAGAGGUAAAAGCUUGAGAGAGGUAGCAGAGAAAUACUUAAGAGACCUUAUUGAUAGAAAUCUAUUUUUGAGUUUUGAAUUUGGGUUUGGUGGGAAAAUAAAACAAUGUGGAAUCCAUGAUCUUCUAAGAGAUUUAUGUUUGAGAGAAUAUGAAAAAGAACAUUUCAUUUAUGCCCCCAAAGUGCAAUAUGUUGAUGUUAGCUAUAUGAAGGAAAUGGAGGACUGGUGCUUCAUAUGUCACGGUGGGACCCAACUACAAAGGAUAGAUUUAAAUGAAGUGCAUGAUGCCUCACAACUGACAUCUCUUGCAAGUGUUUUGGUCUGUAACACCUGCAAAAAUAAGUAUUCGCGUCUUAAUAAAGCAAGAGUAGUGAGGGCAAGAUUAGUGGAUAAGUUGGGGCAUUUUGCUGAACAAGAAACUCUGCACCCUACUAGCUUGCGGGAUCUUGAGAUGUGCAUUGAUUACGAGUUUUCGUUUCCAUCUACGAUAGCGUUACUCUGGAAUCAAAUGAUUUUUAGUCUUACCAUUUGUGUCCAUUUCAGAACAGAAAUUCUCCCAUAUGUAAUGUGGGGCAUGCCACAGCUUAGGGAAUGUCGUAGUUUAGAUUGUGAUUUUGUUUUGCCUGAGGAAGCGACUGCUCAAGAUUUCGUUAUUAUGGAAAACCUACAUACGCUUUCUAGUUUGAGAAACUUUAGGUGUACAGAGGAGGUCCUAAGAAGAAUACCAAAUCUGAAGAAACUACUUAUUGGUUAUGAUAAAGGGAACGAAAUAGAAUGGACGUACUAUUGUCUCUACAAUCUUGUCCGUCUGCAAAAACUCGAAUCACUUUCUAUCGAAGCUUACAAACUUCCAUUGGAGAAUCUCACCUUCCCGACUUCACUUAAGAAGCUGCACUUGGAACGUUGUAAUAUUCCUUGGGAAAAGAUGAUGAGUGUUGGUUCCUUAUUGCCUAAUCUUGAAAAGCUUGUAUUGGAACUUAAUUACUUUGAGGAGCAGGAGUGGAAUCAAGUUGAAGGCGACUUUCCUCGACUCAAAUUCUUGAAAAUUUCUUGCAAUUAUGAACUGAAGCGAUGGAGGGCAGAAAAUAUCCACUUUCCUAAUCUUGAGAUCCUCUUUCUAGAGCGCAUGUGGUGUUUGCAGGAGAUCCCUGCAAUUCUUGGAGACAUACCCACACUCCAUUCCAUUUAUUUGAAACUUUGUACCGAUUCUGUCAUCGAUUUGGCAAAGCAAAUAGUGGAAGAACAAUAUAGCUAUGGAAAUGAGAUUCUUCAACUUUAUAUAAAUGAAAAAAGGUAUCAAGUUGGUAGUUCCUAG